CCCUUCACCUUCACAAUGAACAAGCAACACGCUAACUGGUCCCCCUACGACAAUAAUGGCAUAUCAUGUGUGGCACUCGCGGGAGCCGAUUACUGUGUGAUCGUCGCCGAUACUCGAAUGUCGACCGGUUAUAAUGUUCUUACCCGGGAUUACUCGAAAAUCUGCAAACUAGCUGAUAUAUCCAUGAUGGCUUCAUCUGGUUUUCAAGUUGAUGUUAGAGCUUUACAGAAGCAAUUGGAUGCUAAACAUUUGAUUUAUCAACAUCAACAUAACAAACAAAUGAGCUGCCCUGCUAUGGCCCAAUUGUUGUCAAACACUCUCUACUACAAACGUGUUUUUCCUUACUACUCAUUCAAUGUUUUAGGUGGUCUCGAUAACGAAGGCAAGGGUUGUGUCUUCACAUACGAUGUUGUUGGUUCCUAUGAGAAGGUUGGAUAUAGCUCUCAAGGUUCUGGUUCAACACUUAUCAUUCUUGUUUUGGAUAAGCGUCUAAAGGCUCCUAGCCCUCUUCUAUUGCCUGCUCAGGAUGCUGUCACUCCACUUUCUGAAGCAGAAGCAAUUGAUUUGGUGAAAAUAGUUUUUGUUGCUGCAACUGAGAGAGAUGUAUACACUGGAGACAGGGUUGAAAUUGUCAUCCUUAAUGCUAAUGGUAUACGACGUGAACAUAUGGAACUCAGGAAAGAUUAAUUGUCGACACAGACCCAUGCUACUUGUCUUUAUUAAGCAUAAUCUAGAAUUGCAUGGUAUCUUUGAAUGAUAUCAGAUCAUGAAUUUCAUUCAACAUUCUUCUCUCUUUGAUUGUGGUUUAGCUUUAUGAUGAGUGAACCUAACGAACAACUGCAUUUCCCUAUUUAUCGCACAUGAGUUUCUUGUUGCAAAAA